GCAACAUGGCGUGGUGGAAUCUUUGAAAACAAUUGGAGCUGGAAGAUGAUGCUGUUUGUAUUUAAUUCUGGUCAGAUCCUACCAGGUUAGUUGGUUCCAAGCGGCUGCUACCUUCGAAAUUCUUCUUCAUUCUCCAAAAAACAAUCAUCCAAACUGCAUUCAGUAUUAACUCCUUCAAACUACCUACCACCUUACCUUAUCAAGCUACAAUCAAGAUGUCGUCUCAAGAAGGUCGCCAAUCACCUCCUCCCGAGAGCCAGACUGGUCCUCAGCUCAAAGACACCCCCGGCUCGGGUCAAGGUCUCCAAGAUACUCCUCAGGACAAGGACAAGUCUAACAAGGACCAAUUGGAGAAUCUCUCCUCGAACCCAAAGGGAACUAUGGACGACGCAGUCAAAGACAAGUUCACAAAGCCGAAUCCUUGAGAAGGAAGAACUGGAUUCAAUGCGCUGGGUCUAGGAAGCACAUACAUUGUUUUCCUUGGUGGAGUUGGCACCGCGCAAGUCAGAGUUGGAAGCUCAAUUUAAUCGAAUGUCACGAAUGAUCAUGAUCGUAAUUGUUUAUUUGUUCCUAUUCACAAAAGUGCACUCAAGCCUUCUCGUCCAUGAAGUGACUGUCACAUGCAAAUAAAUGC